AUGCGUAGACCCGUCUACGUUGCGAGAGGGCUUCCUCGGUUGUUGAUCUACUUAUCGACCCUGACUAAAGUCAUUCAACAAGUCUGUCAAGUUGAUGUUGACGAAAUAGACAACUAUGGCCAGACAGCAUUGCAUCUAGCAGUCAAUAAUGGCCACCAGGAGUCUGCAUGCAUCCUCAUUUCUGAGGGUAAGGCUGAACCUGAUGCCCAAAAUCACAAUGAGCUGACAGCAUUACACUUGGCAACGCGCAAUGGUUAUGAUACCAUUGCAUGCAUGCUUGUGACUGACUUUGGGGCUAGUAGUGAGAGUAGAGACAGCAAUGGGCGAACUCUACUGCACCUGGCUGCCCAACACGGCCAUAAUCCAACGAUAAAGGCAGCACUGCACUUGGCUGCUGACAGUGGCUUUGAGUCAACCGCGAACAUGCUCCUCUUUGACUUCAAAGCGGAUAUUGAUGCUAAAGGCAACUAUGGCCAAACAGCAUUACACCUAGCCAUUCACAACAGCCACGAGGAAGUUGCUCGCAUGCUAAUCUCCAAAGGGAACGCCAACGUCGAUGCACCAGACCAUGAGACGCAAAGGGCGCUUCACAUAAGUGCCCGCAACGGACUCGACACAAUCGCGCAGAUGCUUAUUGUUGACUUCAAAGCUAAUGUAGAGAUCAAAGACCACAAUGAACAGACUGCCCUGCACCUAGCAGCCCACAACAAUCAUGAAAUGGCUGCACGAGUGCUAAUUGUUGAAGGCAAGGCUGAUGUGGAGGCCAAGGAUACCGCUAGCAAUGGGCUUGAAGCUCUCACUCGUAUGCUGAUCGUAGAAGGCAUGGCAUCUAAAGAUGUCAAAGACGAUGAUGGCCGAACAGCGUGGGACCUUGCGGUUGAAAACGGCCAUAAUACCACAGCAUCCAUGAUAAAAUCCGCUCCUCGCGGCAAUAUGGGGUCAAUUAUAUCCGCCACUGCGGAGUGUGGCAUAGCAUAG